AUGGAGUACAUGUUCCAUUCCGCCACAUCCUUUGAUGGAUCAAUUUCUUCAUGGGAUUUGUCUUCUCUCCGCAGCCACGGGAGCAUGUUUGGUAAUACGACACUGGAGCCACCCUGCCAAGCAGGACGAGGUCCAGGUAGACACUAUCUCAUGUGUGAGCGUUGCGGAGUGGGGAAGUUCGCCCCACCUGGCAGUUUUUGCCAUGAAUGCCAUGCAGGCUCAGUUCCUUCUGAAGAUCGUGGCACGUGCAAUGAAUGUCCGCUGUUCCAGUACUCUGUCAGCGGUGUCGACAACUGCUUGACUUGCAACUUGCCAUCGCUCGUAGUGGACAACCGAUGCGUGUGGUGGCACCUGCCACUUCUGGCACUUGGUUUCGGAGGUUUGGCGGUUGCUUCUCGCUUCGCCUGGUUAUGGAUCCGUUCGAGGAGAACCAAAAAGAUGGAACGCAUCCUUGAAAAGUUCUACGAAGUGCUAUGGGAGGAUGAACCAAACGGAUUGGCCACAUACACAGAGAAGUUGCAUCGUCUUGGCCUUGGAAAACAAGAGAUGGAGACCAAAAUCUCAGCCAUGCGUGCCCUACAAAGCCAAAGAGCUGGCGUGAGCAUCGGUUACCUCCUGUCGGCUGAGUUUGCACAACUGGCUGUGCAACGCACUGGUCAAGAUGAUCCGACCUUCAUCGACAUGAAAACUAGCUUUUGGCUCUCAGAGCAGCCCAUUGGCCGAAACGUGAUUUGCCCUCGAGAUGGCAGGGCCGGUUGCGCUUUGGUGGAUUGGAUACCACGGCAUGAGCGGCGUGAGCAAACCCACUUCAUGUCAUGGACCUGGAAAUACACACUGCAGCAGGUGCGAAGCGCUUUGGAGAGGUUUCAAGACAACCUGGCGGGUCCAUGCUAUUUCUUCAUGUGCUUCUUUGUCAACAACCAGUACAGGAUCAUUGUGGAGGAGAUGAGCAGUGGUAGUGACAACCUGGAAAAUGUCUUUGAAAGCAAUCUCCAAAGGAUAGGCAGUAUGGUUGCCAUACUGGAUACAUGGGACAGGCCAUUGUAUCUAUCUCGGAUUUGGACCGUUUAUGAGCAGUUUGUGGCCUCCACUAUUCACAUUGAGGUGAAAUUCAUCAUGCCAAAGUGUGCAGCCGAACAUUUGCAGCGUCAAAUCGCGUGCGGCUCGAAAGGGGUCGAUCAAGUGAUUCAAUGCCUCAGUCACGUGGAUUCUGAGCGAGCCCAAGCAUGGAAAUUGGAAGAUGAGACCAAGGUGAAGUCUCUGAUCCAGGAGACGGUCGGCUUCCAGCAUGUCAAUCGUCAUGUGACGGAUGUGAUGAUCACAUGGAUUGGAGGAGUUGUAGAACAAACGCUUUUGGACAAGGCUCGCGCCACAAAUGAGUUGAAGCAUGAACUUCAGGCUGUGAGUCCAGGCUGUGAGUCCGUGGCCGGUUCAUCCCUGAUGCAACGUGACAGCAGUCGCAGCGAUCCCUGCGCGGAAGUUCAUUUCUUUAUGAUGACUUCUUGGUGCCCCUGGGCUGAAGAUGGAGCGACGGCGACCGCUGUUCCACAAGCUGAAUCAGCGGAGUCUCCGCAUCUCGAGUCCGCAGUCACCGCUCGGCGUUGGAGACCGCCUGUGUCCCUCGGCGUUGGAGACGCAGAAGUCACCGACUUAGCACCAGCUGGCUGCGAGGAUCGCCCGAGCUCGGCUUCGGCGCCCAAGCGACGCUUGCGAGUGGUAGGCCUCUCGGGCGACACCUUGUUGGACAUCGAGGCCGAAGAGACCUGGACGGUGGGUUUCAUCAAGCAAAAGGUGGCGUUCGAAGAACGGAUCCUUUGCAAGCCUUGGCAGCUGAAGCUGCAGCUGGCCGAGAGGCCUUUGCAGGACGGCGAGAUCCUGAAAGACCUGGAGGCUGAGGAACUCACUGCAGUGGUGGUGAAGGAAUCCGUCGCAGGCAUUUACGCCGCCUUCACCUGUAGCGUCUUGGUGCUCCACCCGGAUGGCCGUUGCGCGUAUGGAUGGUUUGACGACUACUGGACGAGCCCGUUAAGAGAGAGCGCUGGGCCGAUGCAGAACUGCUACAUUGCCGGAGGUGAGGAGGCCACUGGCGACUGGACGGUCGAGGGCAUCACUUUGAAGCUCCACGCCCAGGAAGACUAUUUGGGUGACGACUUGAUGCUCGAAGCCCAAAUCGCCUCCAGCGCCGAUGCUCUUCAAGAAGGGAUUUCGGAGACCAUUCUGGUGGCCAAGAUCUGGCACAAAUUUCGUGAGUGUGAACGGAGUCUUGAGCCUGAGGACAAGACCUUCUACAAGAUCCAUCAGUGGCCCUGA